CAGCUCUCUCUUUGGAGAGCGAGACAGAGAGACAGGUAGAAUGGACGCUCAGACAUCCCCGUUCAAUCUCAGCGAGGGCGUGCAGCACCCACUCCCACCGCCAGAGUCGAGUCCAGUCGUCGACCUCAUGCACCCAGAGACCAUGUCUGUUGCUGCCCUGUUGCAAGCACUGACACUGCACGGCGUCCCACUCGCUCAGGACUCGGAGUCAAACAAGGACGCUCUUGUGGCGCUGUUUCGCCGGUUUGUAAUGCCGCGUCCGCAGCGCCAACACAGACGCAGCGCAAUGCUCAACGAGCGACAAGCAUCGCAAGGAUUGUCCUCAAAGUCGCCGCUGUUGCUGCGCAUACCAGAAAGUACCAACCACGAGACGCUGCAAAGAAUCACGCAGCUUGGAUUCCACCAAAGCAAGGACGCGGUGGACUCGAACGCAAACCGAAAGCGAGCCGCCUCCCGCCAACUGACUGCCGCUGACUGCGCUGAGCUGCCCAACACCAACGCAACUGGUGCAUGGGUUUCUUGCUCAAAUGCACGACAACGGCAUGGCGAUGCAUUGUUGCAGUCGAUGCCGGCAUCGCCUGCGGCUGACAUGGUCAUUUCAGCACUGAAACAUGCUCGACUGGAAUCUCCCAAUUCAGAGGCCGACGAGCCAUUUACUCUGCCCAUACAGGCAUUACCGCCAAGCACGCUGCUUUCUGACGAGCAUCGGCAUGUCGUAGAAAGAAUUAGCACUCCAUCGCACCCAUCCCCAAGGCCUCGGCGCACCAGACGCCUCAGCGAUGAGCUGCAGUCUGCGCACCAGCUCUCGCACGCCGAAGCAGCAGCAUCGGCCACUUUGAAUCUCGGCACAGCCUCUUCCGAAGAGUCGGCCUAUAAUCUGCAUCAGAGCAAGCGCAUGCGUUGGGACAGCGCUUCCGAGCAAACCCCCAACUCUGAUGCCUUCCAUUCUCUGGGCUCAGCAGAUACGACCACCGCGAUGGAGCUGCAAUAGCACUUGUCACCUCUCAAGAAGCACAGAAUGACACAGAAUUACUCAUUUUCCAACAAUCCGACACACCCAUUAUCAAUCGCCAAACAAUCUUUUGAACAAACACCGUUUCAUUGUAUCAAACAGUUAUUUCAACAAAUCAUAACAAAACCGAGUUAGAAUACACAAAUAUACUGGAAAGUAGAAUCGCA